UUGCCUUCCCAACCUUAUAUUCAUAAGAUGAAACAAUAAUUUAAUAUUCAUCCCUCCUAUAUACAAUCUACCACUUAAUACUUUUUUCGAUAAACAUGUUCCCUUUGAAUUGUUUUGAUGGCUUUGCAACGAGUGAAGACCGUAUUCCAUGGUAGAUGGAUCGAAUCAUGCCGAUAUAUUGACUAUCACCUCCUUGAUGUAUAUGUUCCAGUUUCAUCCUCGUUUCAAGAAUUUGUAAAUUGUAUCCAACAUAGACUUUUUCCAAAUUCAGAAGUUUCUAUCUGUAGGUUGACCCUUUACUGGAAAGAUGGCAACAAUUCGAAACUCAUUCAGAUUGUGGAUGAUAAGGAUGUGUCUUGGAUUAUGUUAGUUUUAUCAAAAUUGCCAGACAAUGAUCUACUCAUUAUUGUCGACACCACACCUGCUACGGAUAUUGGAAAUACCCCUUAUAUGAGCAGCGAACUACCUAGAACCGAAGACUCACGUACUGAAAAUGUAAUUAUUGAUCUCAAUGUAUUUGAAUCACCAAAUACUGUUAUACACAUUAGAGUUGGAUCCAUGUUUAGACAAAAAUCAGUUUUGAAAAAAGCUAUUUAUAUGCUCGCUUUGAAUAGUAGUUUUGAAUUAGUUACUGUUAGGUCCAACCGUACAUCAUUCGACAUCAGAUGUAAGGAUCCAUCUUGCCCCUGGUAUCUACGUGCUUCGGUAUUUAAAAAAAGUGACAUUUGGAUAGUUCGUAAAUUCACAGAUACACAUCUGUGUUCUGUUGACGUCGUGAAGAAUGACCACAAACAAGCAACAUCCUGGAUUGUAUCUAAGUGUACGAAAUUAAUAUUUAAAACGAAUGACAAGGCUCCAUGUCGUCCUUCGGAUGUUAUAAAUUAUAUGAAGAUUCACCACGGUGUGAACAUAAGUUAUGAUAAAGCUUGGAGAGGACGUGAAAUUGCUUUGAAUUCCAUUAGGGGUACUCCGAAGGACUCAUAUGCCAUGUUGUCUGCCUUUUCGGAUGCACUGAUCCGAAACAACCCAGGUACAUAUACGGCUGAAGAAGCAGAUGAUGAAGGUCGGUUUAAAUUCUAUUUCAUGGCACUAGCUGCUUCAAUUGAUGCAUGGAACUACUGCGUACCAGUUAUUUCUGUUGAUGGUGCAGCUAUGAAGAACAAAUAUCUUGGUACCCUCAUAUCUGCUUGUACUAUUGAUGGAAACUCUCAAAUUGUGCCACUAGCUUUUGCUGUCGUUGAUUCAAAGAAUGAUUUGUCAUAGUCAUAGUUUUUUCGAAACCUUAAAACCGUUUUUGGGGAACAUAAUGAGAUGGUAAUUGUUUCUGAUGCUCACAAAAGUAUAGAAAAUGGGUUUAAUACCGUUUAUGAAAUAGCUGAACAUGGAUUAUGUGCAUUCCAUUUGUUGAAGAACUUGAAAAAGAACCAUAAAUCACUUCCCAUGGAGGACUCAUUCAAUAAAUGUGCCAGAGCGUAUACACCACUGGAAUUUGAGUACUACAUGAGGCAACUCGAACAACUAUCUCCAUCAAUGAGGCAUGAGUUGGAAGCAGUGGGAAGACAUAAGUGGGCCAGGGCAUUUUUUAAGAGAAAAAGAUACCAGGUUAUUACAACCAACAUCUCUGAAAGUAUGAACUCUACCUUGAAAAAACAACGAGAAUUGCCUGUAAUGGGACUUCUAGAAUCUAUCCGUAGUUUGAUUCAAAAAUGGUUCUAUGAACGUCGUACCAAAUGGAGAUUCCAACGCACACAACUUUCAAUAUAUGCAGAAGAUAUGAUUCGAGAAUCCUUGGCGCAGAGCCGCUCAAUGAAUAUAUAUCCUGUAGACCAACAUGAAUUUGAAGUCCACCAUCGUAAGGAACAAUUUGUCGUCAACAUUUUAAAUCGGACAUGUUCAUGUCGUCAAUGGGACCUUGAUUUGAUCCCUUGUUCAUAUGCAUGUAUAGCAUUGUCCACAAGGAAUCUUAAUCUCCAUUUAUACACCGAUAAGUUCUACUAUGUCUCAAAUUUGAUAAACCUGUACAAGAAGAGGACGUGUCCUAUUGGUACUGUAAACCAAAUUAGGAAUACCCACCAAGGUGGCAAUGAUGGAAUACUUCCACCGCAUGUUAAACGUCCAGCUGGAAGACCCAAAAAGAAGAGGUUUACUUCAUUCUUAGAGAAGAAAGCCUCUGUUCGUUGUAGCAGGUGUG